AUCCACUCUAGAGACCCGCCCUGGGUUAAUCCAGCCUUGAAAGACCUAAUCAGACGGCGGCAAAGGGCUCGCGCGGAAAAUCAUCAGCCAAUGUUUCGAUUCCUGCGGAACCGAGUGAACCGUGAGCGCAAGUUCUGCAGGCAGCGGUACUACGACUCCAAAGUUAGCCAGCUUAAGGAGUGCAAACCGUCUGCUUGGUGGAAAGAAGUGAAGAAGCUGAGCAGCAUGUCAUCAGCCGUUAGGGACUUGGACGAGCAAAUGAGUUCAUUACAGCACAUAAGUGAGGAGUCUCUCAGCGCCUCGGAUCUGGCCAAUCUGAUCAAUGAUACUUUUGUCUCCACAAUGCAAGACUUUACACCGUUAUCUGCUGAAACUUUCCAGCUGCUGCAAGACUAUUCCACCGCGCAACCAUUUGCCGUUACUGAGCAUUCUGUUUACCUUUAACUAGCGUCGAUUAAUCCUAGCAAAGCGUUCGGACCCGGCGUUAUUCCUGCAUGGUUGCUAAAGGAAAAUGCGGAUCUCCUCUCUGAUAUGGUAACAGAUAUUGUUAACUGGUUCUUUCCUGAAAGCCGCUCACCACCUUCUUGGAAAUCUGCUGAUACCGUGCCGAUCCCAAAGCAGAAACCAGUCAAGGACGUAAAUAAACACCUGCGUCCCAUCUCGUUAACGCCCGUUCUCUUUAAGGUGGCGGAAGAGUUUGUUGUUGCGGAGCACUCGCGACCAUCAAUUCUCAAGAAAAUCGGAGACAACCAAUUUGGGGCUAUCCCAGAAUCCUCAACAACGUAUGCGCUAAUCAGUAUGGUGCACUCCUGGACUAAACACACUGAUGGUACAGGAUCCACCGUCAGGGUCGUCUUAUUCGAUCACCGGAAGGCUUUCGAUUUGAUAUACCACGCGCUUCUCGCCAGGAAGCUGCUGGCCCUGGACAUGCCUGUUGGCGUAUCGUUUUGGAUCAUCGAUUUCCUUACAGAUCGCACGCAGAGAAUCAAAUUGGGAGAAGAUUGCUUGUCUGAAUGGAGGAACGUACCGGCAGAGGUGCCUCAGGGAGCCAAGCUCGGGCCGUGGUUGUUUAUUCUCAUGAUUGAUGACAUCAACACCAGUAACGCGGAACUGUGGAAAUACGUGGAUGACACAACUAUUGCAGUGUGUUGACAAGAAGGAAGACAGCCGUAUCCAAUCUGAUAUGGAGGAACUGAUCGCUAAGUCUAACCAAAACAAGUUCCAGCUAAAAGAGUCGAAGUGUAAGGAACUACGGAUUUCGUUCGCUAAAUCAGCCGCGGACUUUUCUCCCAUUGCUAUCAACGGAAAAACAAUAGAGGUAGUGCCCACUGUUAAGUUGUUAGGUCUAAAUAUAUCAUCCGACCUCCGGUGGAACUGUCAUGUUGCUGAAAUAAGUAAAAAAAGUAGCGAGUCGAUUAUAUUUUCUUAAAAAACUGAAGAGAGCGAAUAUUCCCGCCAAAGAUCUGCUAAUCUUUUACUUGACCUGUAUCCGCCCAGUAACGGAAUACGUAUGCCCGGUGUUUCACAACGCGCUUCCCGCAUAUUUAUCCGCAGAGCUAGAACAGCUACAGAAGCGCGCCGUGCGAAUUAUUUUUCCGUUUGUACCAUAUAGCGACGCAUUACGUCAAGCCAUCUUGGAGACGCUCUCUCGACGCAGGCAGUCUAUCACAACUAAGCCUUUUGAUUCCAUCACUUGUAACUCAGACCAUAAACUGCAUGAGCUCUUGCCACCUCGUAACAAUUGUGAAUCCAAUUUAAGACGAAAGAGAAAUUUUAAUGUCCCUCUGGCUGAGACGAAGAGACUUAAGAACACAUUUAUAUAUAGCAACUGUAAUUAAAUUUUCAGCUACAUAUGUGUACAUUUUUCUCAUAUUUUUAUUAGAUUUCAUUAUUGUAACGAUUAAUCUAAUUCAGCUUUUGGCUACGAUUUUAAUCAGAAUAAACUAUCUAACUCUAUCUCUCGAGGCCUUGAAAGCCAUUCCUAAGACUCCAACGCCUCUGCUGAUUCCCUGA